AUGGGCCCGGGGUUGUGCGUUUACGUGAAUGGCGCAGAAAGGAAACGGUCGACCCCGUCGGUGAACGCGACGCUGCCGCUGAGCAACGUUCAGGCCCGGCCCCCUGCCGGGGCCGUUCGGCCGAUGAUUUCGCGACGGCAGGGUGACAGCGGCGUGCUGCCAGGAGCGGCGCAGGAGCCACCGCUCCCGAGCGCCGGCUGGGGUUACCUCAAGAGUGACACGGCAGCACUGCCCCUCGAGUCUGGGCGCUGCUACACGGUUGGGCGCCGGCCCGAUUCCGACCUCGUGCUCAAGAGCGAACAUGCGAUGCUCGAAGUCGAUGGCUCUGGCCGCACCGCGGCUCUCCGUGACCUGGGGUCGCUCAACGGUUGCUUCCUCAACAACGUGCGCCUGCGCGACACGCGUGAGCCGCUGCGCCACGGCGACAAUGUCCGAUUUGGCUUUGACUCCCGCGUCUGGACCGUCGAUUGCACUGGCGAGACGCCCUAG